UUCUUCAACAACCUAAUCUCCCAGGGAAGUAGGAAGACAUUCUUGGGUUAUGACUGCAAUAGAAACUACUGAUAUUAAGCUCUAGAACCUGUUGACUCUGGACUUAGACAUGAUUCCAAAGACUAAUUGAGUAUAUAUUCUUGAAAUGUCAUAUUUAAUUCAGCAUUUCAAUAUUGGUGAUGAUCAAACUGAUAUAUGAAAGGCCAAUCAUGAGCUAGCCUGUAUCAAUCUUGCUUAAUUUAAUGCAUUCUAUCGUUUGUCUAUUUUAUGUGGAAUGUAAUUCUCAUUGCUUAUAGCUUUAUAAGACUAUUUUAUGAUGCUAUUGGCUGUCCAUCUGUACACUCCAUAUUGGUUAAUGUACUUUCAAGUCUUCAAGUUCAAAUGUAAGUGCAUCAAUAGGGUAAGUUUAUUGGUUCCUUCAUUAGUGACACUUCUUUUCUUACAUAGCUAUCACAUUGCGAGAAAAGCAUAAGAAAUUAUUUCUGAAAGUAAGUGGACAGCAACUAUAUUAUCUGAAAUUAUAGUUUGGUUCAUUGUCUUUCAGUUUCCACUCAAAUUAUAUUCUAGCAAAGUGUGUGAAAGUGUUCAACAAAAAGCUGUCCAAAACCAUCAUGUUAUUAAAUGCAAAAAGUUUUUUGAGGAAGCCUUGAUCAAAUGUAUCAAGAAUUAGACUAUGUAUAGUUGCUUUAAAGACUAUUACUUUUCAAUUUUGACAUUUUGAUACAGAAGGCAUUAGUUUAUGUCAGUAAUGUUCCUUUUCCUUAAUUAUCUGUAAAAAGUAAAUCACGAUAGGUUAAUGGAUGAUGUCAUAAGGUGCCUGCCACUUCUGAAUUACUGCUAAUUUAUGGACCCAUGAGUGGCAAUUAGGCUUAAGCGGCCAUGGUGGUUUUCCCACUUUCUGAGCUUAGCCAAUGAGCCCAUUCUGAUCUUCCCCUGCCUUUGCUUAUAAAUCACCCAAGGCCCAGCAGCGGUCAUCAUGAUUAGCUCUGAAUUAUAACUUGUUCAUAUAGUCAAGCUAUGGAUCCCAAAACCUUAUCAUACUCUGUCACUCCUUUUUUUUUAGUAUUGUCUUUGUUUUGCUGUGUUGCUCCUUUUCCAUACCCUUAUAACCAGCUUGAUUACAGCCAGCUUGAUUACAGUUUCUAUGAUAAAUCGUGCCCCCAUUUGCCUAUGAUUGUUAAGUAUGGUGUUUGGGCAGCUUUCAAGAAUGACAACAGGAUGGCUGCCUCCCUUCUCCGGUUACACUUUCAUGAUUGUUUCGUGAAUGGUUGCGAUGCUUCCAUACUUCUUGAUGACUCAAAUGGCUUCAAGGGGGAGAAGAAUGCUUUCCCCAACCGUAACUCGGCACGAGGAUAUGAAGUCAUUGACAGCAUCAAAACUGAUGUUGAAAAAGCUUGUCCAUUAACUGUUUCGUGUACUGAUAUAUUGACUCUAGCUGCAAAAGAAGCUGUUGUUUUGUCAGGAGGGCCUUCCUGGCCCAUUCCCUUAGGCCGACGAGAUGGAGUAACUGCAAGUGAGAAGGCAGCUAAUGACCAAUUGCCGUCUCCUAUUGAGCCUCUAGAGAACAUCACUGCAAAGUUCACUUCCAAGGGUCUUGACAUGAAGGAUGUUGUAGUCCUCUCAGGUGCACAUACCAUUGGAUUUGCUCAAUGCUUCACCUUCAAGGGGAGGCUUUUCAACUUUAAGGAAAGUGGCCAGCCUGACCCUACACUUGAGACUUCAGCCCUCACAAACCUGCAAAGCAUGUGUCCUAAGGAAGAUUCAUCGAACAGCAAUCUUGCUCCUCUCGACUCUACAAGUGUUUACAGGUUUGACAAUUUGUACUACACUAGCCUUGUGAACAACAGAGGAGUUCUUGGAUCUGAUCAAGCCUUGAUGGGGGAUCCAAAUACUGCUGCACUAGUCCAGUCAUAUAGCAUGUACCCGUAUCUUUUCGCCAGCGAUUUUGCAGCAUCAAUGAUGAGGCUUGGUAAUGUUGGGAUACUUACAGGGAAAGAUGGUCAAAUUAGGAAGAAAUGUGGGUCUGUAAACUAACUAAAGUAAUGUAAAUCUGGGUUAGUGCCUAUGUAUGGAACUUCUGUACCUUAUGUUUGUGAAAAUCCUCUUCCUCCGCAUCAUUGUUUAAUCACAUAUCUGAAUGCAGGGCAUGAUGCCAUUUUAUGAUAGUCUAUUAGA